AUGCAUCUCGGUUUUACAUCUAAUGGUUUUUCAACCAUUGCAUCGAUUCAUCGAAACUGGCAUCUUGGAUAUGCCGAUCCAAUCACAUCCCAUCUUCAAAACUGUGUCUACAGGAACCAAUCAUGCAAAGCGUUUUUUUUAUCUACAGAAGAUAGCUCUAAGGUACUGGUUAUUCAAGGAAACUCACUGAAAUGGACUUCACUUGGCCAAGAGGACUAUGAAUAUGCUGAGUUCGACGCAAUAGAGGACUACGAUCACGCUACAUUGAACAAUACCGGCAGUCUUCUGUGCAUCUAUAAUGAUCACUGUCUCCAGGUGGUGGCUCUUACGUGGAACUCAAUUCGGCCUGUGGUGUACAAUAUCACUCCUGAUGUUAGCAUUAGACAAAUCGUUUGGCAUCCAAGAGGGGUACUAGACUCGACAUUAGUGGUUUUGGGUGAAAAUGGCGAACUACUGGUGUUCGAAUUACUGUCAGAAGAUUUUACAAAACCAACACUUGUUUUGAAUAGUCCAUCGAAACAGCUCGGAUAUUCAUCCAAUUUAAUGGACAUCACGUCAAUAUGUUUCAGUGCGGAUGGUUUAACACUUUACACAUUAAAUACAAGUGAUGGUGGAGACUUAUUCUCUAUUUACCCAUUUUUGCCAUCAAAGUUCUCAAUAUCUCCUGAUUCAUUAAAUCUGAUUUUUCACAAAGCAUUACUACAGUAUGAAACCCUCGGACUGAACGACGACUCUAGUGUGAAAAGAAAUGUAAUAAAGCAAUUACAGUUCGUCUCCAGAUUGCAUAAACAAUUUACCGAUGAACAAGUUCUACCGGCAAAUGGCCAGCUAACUUUUGAACUCUCGGCAAAUUACUAUGAAGCAGGGUUUCAAGGGCCCUAUACCAUCAACCCCUUCCCAGAGAAACUCUAUUCAGUUACUGCAAAGCAAAUCCAGGUCUUGAAAUUCAGUGGCUCGGCAAGCGAACUUUUGUUAAUCUCAUUCGAUGACGGAACAAUUCUCAAAUGCUUUCCAGAUUUGGAACCCUGCAUGUCCUGGGAAAAGCAGGAAUACUCCUAUAAUAAUUCUUUAAUAUUGGUUGAUAGUAUGAUGGCAAAAGGAAACCUAGUCUCUAUAUCAUAUGACAAGAUAGUGGCACUAGGACCGGAAAAAGCAACACUUGUGGAGUGUGACCGCAUUAUGAACACUUUAAAACGUUCUUUAGAAGAAUAUGAUUUAUCUGACCUAGUUUCUGCGGACAUCACUGAUGUUGUCACUGACUUUAAAGGGUGCUUUGAUUCUGUGGGGACUUGGAAAUUUGAGGGACAUUUGAACCUAAUCAUGCUUUCUGCUACAGAAAUCAAAAAUACUGUUUUAUCUAGAACACCUGAGAAGGUAUUGACAAACUCAAAACCAACUGCAGAAUCCAAAGUGAAAUACGAAGUUCAUUUUUCACAACCUAGCAAUGAACUGGAUGCGUUGCACAAAAAAGUCCAAAGUGCUUGCAAAAGCCCUUUGAAAACAGUGAUCCCUCCACAGCAAAGAUUGUCACAAUUCAAAAAUGAAUCCAAUGAAGAGCAACUUUCUACGUUGACAAAAAUAUCGCGAGAAAUUAUGAAUCGGAUUAUGGUGUCUCAAACCUUUGGGUUGACUUUGCAUAAUAGACUUAAGGAACAGCAAGCCGAGCUCACUCGCCAAUUAUCGGCAUCAAGCAAAAUAUUGAGGAAUGAAGAGAAGAUCUCUGUUCUUUAUGAUACUCAAAAAUCUAAGUGGGAAAAAGCUCUUAAUAGAGAGCAGAAUAUCGAUAACCGUCUCGAAUUGCUUCAGCAAAAAUUAUCUCAAGUUGCACAAUCCAAACAGCUCCAAGCACUACCAUUGAGCAAAGCUGAAAUUGAAUGGUUUCUAGAGCUCAGGUCUCAAGUUUCUCUAUUCAACAAAUCGGUUUUAGAACAGCAGAAUGUAAGAGAGAGUUUAGAUCUUCUUAAAGCUGAUCUUGAUACUUUGGCUCAAAGCUGCGUCUUGGACAACGAAAAGGAAGCAUUUUCGUGGAAGGAACUACAAAAGGUGCUAGAGGAGGACUCUGAGAUUAUCAAGAAAUGUAAUAAAGAACUGAAAACUACUGCCGAUGAACUGGAAAAGAAGAUAUAG